UUGGCAGUAACUUUCAUUAAACUGACCUUUCCUGACAUCAAGUUGCAAUGAUUCUACUUUUUACAAAGUAUUCAAUAUUUUGUGAACAGUCAACGACUUGUGUUGUGGACAGGCGGGUGACGCCCCUGGGUUUCCUUGUCGAAAUAACUUGCGAAAUUGUCUCGUAAUUUCCACAGAAAUUUCACCCCAUUAAAUGCUUAGGUAAUUUACGGGGAUAUUUUUCCAUUAGUCUAGGUUCACUAUUCAGUGCGUCAAGCUUCACAAUUCCAUGCAAGCUUCACUAUUCCGUGCAAAGGUAUUUCUCUGUGUCACCGUGAAUGGAUUCUCGCGAAUUUUGCAUACUUGGAUCCUCCGCUAACUUGGAUAAUGAACAAAUAUUUCUUCAAAGAUUCAGGUUGGGCGAGUUACGACUAAAGCCAUUUAUGUUCAGUAUCUUGAACGUGAUUUUUGCUGACGCAGAUUGUUUUACUGCGUUCUGAAGCAAAAAGGGACAAUUUUUAUUAUUUAAUUGAAAAGUUAUAGAGUGCAGUGAUCGUCGCACUUGACAAACUUGGAAGAUGCGCAUCAACUGCGAAGUGACAUCGCUACAUCGCGGCACGGCAGCCGUGUCGUGUCGGCAGCCUCGCGCCGUGCGAUCGACUUUGAGUGUCGCGUGCGCCGUGCCUGGUAAUGACCAGAGCGUGUGCCUGCAUCUCUGUAACGCUGCUAACAAACUUGGCACCCAGUAUAAGAUCUUGAACAACGUCAGUUACCUUUUUUCCAAGUUUAUCGAAGAGGGCAAGUUCACAAUACGGCUAAUAAAUCCUAACCUGGACCUUCUCGUCAAGACUGAUGCCGAACAAGCCAAAAAAUUCGUCAAAAUUCUUUCUCUUUGUGUGAGAGGAAAAGUACCAAAGAAUCUAUCUUCUGUGGAGGCGAUCAGAACCAGAGACCUCACGAAGCCCGAAGUAUCCCUAAAUAUCACUUCACAGCAGGACUACCCAGUCAAGACUGCCUUCCCGGCCCAUCUCCAGCAGUUAAUCGUGACAGAGUGCAAAUUGAAUCGGGUGGAGGGACGGAUUUUGCGCCUGCGUCGGCUGGAGAUUCUGAAUCUGAGUGACAACCUCAUAGUCGAGGUGCCCAGGACUGUCGCAGAUAUGGCCGCCCUCACCGAGCUCGUGCUCUCCGGCAACAAGAUCGCCUCGUUGCCAGCACAUUUGUUCGAUGGUAAAAUCAACGCCACAUUGAGGAAGCUCGACUUGGCGCGCAAUCAAUUGGUGUUGCUGCCGGCCAGCUUGUGUUUGCUGAACAAGUUGUUCACGCUGGACGUGAGCAGUAACCAACUCAUGGUCAUCCCGCUCACCAUCAAAAGACUAGCCAGCCUGCAGUACCUCAACUUAUCGGACAACCCGCUGACCUCACUACCUUUUGCGGUAUCAGAGAUGCCACUUACGAGCUUAAGUUUCGACUACAUCUUGCCACACGAAUAUGUUCAUGAGCCUUACUACAGCAACAGUCCUCCUGUGUUGCCGCUCACCGAGAUGGCUGCAAGAACAUUGUUGGGAUGCAAGCACAGAGAUCCGGAAUACCUGCACCACUUGACGAAGGAUUUGCCCAGCACUCUGCGGAGACGUCUUAUGUACUUUAUUGGAUGCGACUUUUGUUCCGGAGUUUGUGUGAGCUAUGGCACCAUUUAUUACAAAGACUUACGUAUGGGAAAUUUCAAGGCGAUGCUCAUAGAAAAGCGAAGAGGAAUGCCAGUUUUCCCCGGUUCCCAUAUGUCCUGCUGUAGCCAACGCAGAGCUGAGCGCUUACCUCGGGGCCCGAGCCACAUUCUGGCCGAGAGAUGAUACACUAAGAUAUACCGCACAUUGGUUAUUCAGCGAGGUGAUUGUAAAAUUAUUUAGUUGGUGAUUGAAAUUUACUAGGUACUGUAACUUAUCAUUGCUGAGAAGGCGAAUGUGUCAAUGAUACACUAAGAUAUACCGCACAUCUGUUAUUCAGCGGGGUGAUUAUAAAAUUAUUUAGUUGGUGAUUGAAAUUUACUAGGUACUGUAACUUAUCAUUGCUGAGAAGGCGAAUGUGUCAAUGAUACCCUGUGAUGUACGGCACAUUUGUUAUUCAGCGAGGUGAUUAUAAAAUUAUUUAGUUGCUGAUUGAAAUUUACUAGGUACUGUAACUUAUCAUUGCUGAGAAGGCGAAUGUGUCCAAUGACAGAGUAAAGAAGCAAGAGCAAUGAGCCUUCUACAGUUUGAAUUUCAGGUGUCUGUCUUCACUUUAGUUUGCGAAUUGAGAGUCCUAAGCUUUUAAUCUGUCUCGCGGAUAUUCUUCUUUCGUUCAUUAUAUGAACCUGAUGCAAAGAAGUGGGCGAUGUUAGCGCUAUUGUGUGCAUUGUAUUGUAUAGCCGCUAGCAUUUUUGUGAGGCUAAUAUUUCAAGUAUUUAAGUCGACCUCUUCCUUGAACAAUUCUGAUUCUUGAUCUCGACUUGUGACGCCUCUAUGGAUACAUUUUCUUCCGUAUUCCAAUGCUCAAGGCUGGCUGUGACUAUCAAUAAAUUGCACUUGCUUGUAUUGUUGGUCAGGCUCAUUGCCGAUGCACGAUGACCAUUAACAGAGGUACGCCGUUACUCAAGGAUAUAGUUGACAGAUAUGCCUUUAUUGUAAGCCUAGUUUUUAAAUUUAUAGGAGAUUGCGAAGUUUACUGCUCGAUUUGUUCUCAGUAAAAUUAGUUAGUUUGUGCAAAUGUUGAGUUGAUGGAUUGUUGCUCAUUUAAACCGACAGUGUUUUUCUCCCUCUAGACUCCAGUUUUGUUAUUCAGUUGAUCGUGACUAAAGUUUUAACUCGUCAAAUAUUCACCGAGUAGUUAAAAUAAACCUUAAAAAGCUUAUCAUUUGUUUAAAGCUUUACGCUGUUAUCGCUGCCAGAAAUUGUAUGAUAAAAAAUAAUCGAAUCCAAUAGAUGCUUUUUACUUCUCAACUCACAAAAGAAAAACAACAUUUAAUAGAUGCACAUGACAUCUGCCAGUCGUGCAAACCACGUGUAUUUUGGGUCUUAGCUUGGGACAGUAGUAACUACGUUUUUUUUUUCAGAU